UUUCACUUAAAAAAGUUUCAGGUCUCACAUGUGAACGGAUGGCGCUGAGAGGAGACGGUUCGGCAGUUUCUCUACGAUGAUGGACACUUAGUUUAGUCCCGGCAGUACUCCCAAUGGAAGCUCCACUCACAGCUGCCCCUCCUCCCAACUCCUCCGACCUGCCGGUCCCGAUCCCCCUUCAUCCAGCCGUCGCCCCGUCCGUCGAGCUCGGCUUCACUAUCCUCUACACCGCUCUGUACGCCGUGCUGUUCCUGGUUGUGUACGCACAGCUCUGGCUUCUCUACCUCUACAGACACAAAAGAUGGAGCUACCAGAGCGUCUUCCUGUUCCUCUGCCUGCUCUGGGCUGCCCUCCGCACCACCCUUUUCUCCUUUUACUUCUAUAACGCUCUGGAGGCCAACCACCUACCUGUUGCAGUCUACUGGCUGCUCUACUGCUUCCCUGUGUGUCUGCAGUUCUUCACUCUCAGCGUCAUUAACCUGUAUUUCACUCAGGUCUUACUCAAAGUGAGAGAGUCGUGUAGCUCAGACGUGGACAGAGGACUAUGGUUGGCGCGGUGUGCGUACGGUGCAUUGAGCGCCAUCUUUCUCUCCGUCAACGUGGCCUGCGCGUCUCUGGAGGACAGAGGCCCCGGGCCGGGGGGGCGCACCUGGAGUCUGGUCCUGGUCCGAGUUCUAGUCAACGACUUGCUCUUCAUCCUGGAUGCGGUGGUACUGGCCGCCUUGCUGUUGCUCCUGACCCGCCACUCGCGCUCCACCAGCCCCUACCUGCUCAGCAAGGGGACCACGGUGUGCCGUACAGCAGGUCUGGGAGCAGCAGUGAUCCUGCUGUUUGCGAGUCGGGCCUGCUACAACCUGACGGUGCUCAUUCUGUCUCAGAACCACCGCGUGGAGUCCUUCAACUUUGACUGGUACAACGUCUCAGACCAGGCUGACUUGCGUAGUGAACUGGGCGACAGGGGCUACCUGGUCUUCGGCGCCAUCCUCUUCAUAUGGGAGCUGCUGCCGACCAGUCUGCUCAUCCUCAUCUUCAGGGUCCGCCGGCCUGCGCAGGAGUCCAGCAGCAUGGCCAUUAGCAACAGGGUCCUCCCUCGGCCAUAUUUCUUUGACGACCCUCAAGGCAGCGACGACGAUGUCCCCGCUCCAUGGGCACGCAGUCAUCCACACUCCAGCUGGUACGGAUCCGAGACAGCUCCUCUCCUGUUUGCCAGCAAUCCUCCAGAUCAGAGCCAGCAGCACCACUCGUUCUACUCCACCCCCCAGAACUGACCGGGCCUUCUACCCGCGCUACCCGGGUCCUCCGUGAUGACGUCAUGUCCAAGCGGCCACCGGGACGCACCGCCCUCCCUCUCUGUGAACAGUUUCGAAACUGAAAACCUCAGGAAUUCAUCGAAGAAGACAGCGAAUAUGCACCUUGUAGU